AUGUCUAGUCAAUCGUUUCCUAAAGAGCCUAUUGCCAUUAUUGGCACUUCCUGUCGCUUCCCAGGCGGCGCCAACACCCCCUCCAAACUAUGGGAUCUUCUCAUUGAGAAGAGAGACGUUCAAUCACCCAUCCCUCCUGAACGUUUCAACGUUGAUGCUUUUUACAGCAGCAACGGGGACAAGAAUGGAUGUACCGACGUAAAGAAGGCGUAUCUAUUGUCCGAGGAUAUUCGCUCGUUCGAUGCCUCAUUCUUCAAGAUCAACCCUCGUGAGGCUGAGGCCAUGGACCCUCAGCAGAGGCUCUUGCUUGAGGCUGUAUACGAGGCAACAGAGACAGCUGGACUGCCGAUGGAGGACCUGAAAGGAUCUGACACUGCUGUCUACGUUGGGUGCAUGACUGGAGAUUAUCAUGAGAUGCUCAUGCGUGAUCCUCAGGAUAUGCCCAAGUACAUGGCAACUGGCACAGCCCGCAGCAUUCUCUCCAACCGAAUCUCUUACCUCUUCGACUGGAAGGGUCCAUCUAUGACUAUCGAUACGGCAUGCUCUUCCAGUCUUGUCGCGGUCUAUGAUGCAGUCACAGCUCUCCGCAAUGGGGUCUCUCGUAUCGCCUGUGCAGGAGGUGUUAACCUCAUCCUUGGUCCUGAAAUGAUGAUUUCAGAAUCCAAACUGCACAUGCUUUCCCCAACAGGCCGAAGUAAGAUGUGGGAUGCAUCAGCCAACGGUUACGCACGAGGUGAGGGUGUAGCAGCCCUCAUGAUGAAGACCUUGUCACAGGCCUUGGCCGAUGGCGACCAUAUUGAGGGAAUCAUCCGAGAAAUCGGAGUAAACUCAGAUGGACGCACCAAUGGAAUUACCCUUCCAAGCCCUGAUGCCCAAAAGGCACUUAUCAGGCAAACCUACAGAAAUGCUGGUCUUGACGUAUUCAAAGAUCGAUGUCAGUUCUUUGAAGCGCAUGGAACCGGUACCCCUGCAGGAGACCCUCUUGAAGCCCGCGCGAUCCACGAAGCCUUCUUCAGCAGUGGCGACAUUGUGAACGAGCCCAUGUAUGUCGGCUCUGUCAAGACAGCCAUCGGCCAUCUUGAGGGAUGUGCUGGUCUUGCUGGCAUGAUCAAGGCUCUUGAAGCCGUCAAGAGAGGCAUCAUCCCACCGAACCAGCUAUUUGAGAACUUGAACCCAGCUGUCAAGCCUUAUACUUCUAACUUGAAGCUUCCUGUUGAAUCACAGCCGUGGCCCAAGUUGGUUGUUGGGUCGUCCAGACGCGCUAGUGUCAACUCAUUCGGAUUUGGCGGUACAAAUGUUCACGCCAUCAUUGAGAAUUACGAUGAUACAUCUCCACAAGCAUCGGUCAAUGAUGUUAUCUCUACUCCGCUCGUACUAUCAGCGAACAACGACCUUUCACUACGAGCUCAGAUCUCUCAACUUGCUCAGGUUCUUCAGAAUGCCGAAAGCCACCAAGUUGAGAGUAUCUUAUACACCUUGGCCCACAGACGCUCCCAACUCCCUCUCAGGACCUUCUUCUCUGGACAUGACUUGCAGAGCCUCCAAGAGAAGCUGAAGAUUGCUACGGCAGAGGAUGCUGUUCUGCCAACUGCCAAGCAGGAUGUUCCACUAAGCCCAACUCCGCGCAUCUUGGGUGUCUUUACCGGCCAAGGUGCUCAGUGGCCUACCAUGGGAAGGGAGCUCUUGAAGUCUUCACCUUUUGCCAGAAGUUUGAUGAAGUCUCUUGAAGAGUCUCUAGCCAGUCUACCAGAGCCUCCUUCAUGGACGCUUACAGAACAGAUCAUGGCCGACAAAGACACCUCCCGCUCAAGUGAAGCUGCCAUCUCACAGCCUCUCUGCACCGCUGUCCAACUCAUGGUUGUUGAGCUACUGCGCAAAACCGGCAUCAACUUCGAUUGUGUCAUUGGUCACUCUUCUGGCGAGAUUAGUGCCGCUUAUGCUGCUGGAUUCCUUUCCCUCCAUGAUGCUAUCAGGGUCGCAUACUUCCGUGGUGUCUGUGCCAAGCUUGCCGGUGGAGCAAACGGCGCUCCAGGAUCUAUGAUGGCUGUUGGUCUCUCCUACGAGGAGGCCUCGAUCUUUUGCGAGGAGAACUUCCUUGGGCUCGUUGACGUGGCUGCUAGUAAUGCUCCCACUAGUACCACUCUCUCGGGAGAUAAGGCGAGCAUCGAGGAGGCCAAGGUACUGCUAGAUCAGCAAGGCACUUUUGCUCGUGUGCUUCGAGUUGACACUGCCUAUCAUUCUCAUCACAUGCACCCUUGCGCUGAGCCAUAUCUUGAUCUACUCCAAUCUGCCAAGGUCAAGGCUCUACCUGGCAAUGACUCUUGUGAGUGGUACUCAAGUGUCUUGGGUGAACGUAUCGAUGCAUCACUUCACAGUGAAGCGUUAGCUGGCGAGUACUGGGUCGAGAACAUGAUCAACCCUGUCCUAUUCUCCGUGGCUUCGGAACUCGUCGCUGGCGCUACACUGACUUGUCAUGUCGCUCUCGAAGUUGGACCUCAUCCUGCUCUCAAAGGUCCUUUCAAUCAGACCUACAAGCGUGCCACCGGAUCUCAACUAUCGUACCAGGCUACCUUGUCUCGAAACAUACAUGAUGUGGCGGCCUUGAACGAUACCCUCGGCUUCGUCUGGUCUCAACUUGGCAAGAGCUCUGUCGACUUUACUUCCUACGCUCAAGCCUUUUCUGCAUCCACUAACACAACUCUUACAACGGGUCUUCCUCCUUAUCCUUGGGAUCAUACGCAGUCGUUCUGGAGAGAAUCUAGAAAGUCGCUCAAGUACCGGCAACGUGCUCACCCACCUCACCCUCUGUUAGGUGUGCGAUCCGUGGAGGAUCCUGGUGAUAGCCUGCGAUGGUUGAACCAUCUACGCCUUGAAGAUGCGCCCUGGCUUGAUGGUCACAAGGUGGAGGGUCAAGUUGUGUUACCAGCCGCUGCUUAUUUGGUCAUGGCCAUGGAGUCUGGUCGUGCUAUCGAUGAGACUAAAGAGGUUCAGCUUAUUGAACUGACUGAAGUCCACAUCAUGAGUGCCAUUCAAUUGGGGCAGGACUCGCAAGCCAUUGAGACUGUCUUUAACCUCGAGGUUGGAGAUCAUCAGUCGAGCUAUGCGAUCGCUACAUGGUCGUUGUCAACACCUUUGCGCGAUGGCAACUGGAAGUGCAACGCCAAGGGACAGCUUCGUGUUGAGUUUGGCUCUACUCAAGGUGCUUCUCUUCUUCCUACACGAGUCAAGCCUAUCGCUUCUUUGACAUCUGUAGAUGUUGAGAGGUUCUAUAGCUCAUUGACAAGUAUUGGCCUUGAGUACACUGGCGAGUUCAAGCAUCUCGACAGCAUUGAGCGACAAUUGAGUUUCGCAUCAGCUCGCGCACGACAAAUCGCUCCAGAGUUCGCAGCAAUGAUUCAUCCCGCGCUUUUGGACGCCGCGUUUCAGUCCAUCUUUGCCGCCUACUGCUGGCCCGAUGAUGGAAGUCUCCAAGCACCAUUUGUCCCCACCUACUUCCGCAGUCUUCGUAUUGUCAACACAAGUCAGCUUCGACACGGCGAUGAGUUGGUUAUUGACUCUUUCUUGACAAACACGAAUGAGCGCGAGCUUACUGCAGAUAUGGAUGUCUUUGAGGCUAGCAAUGACGAGCCUGUGUUGCAACUUGAGGGAUUGACUUGUACUUCCCUCCUUCGACCUGGUCCCAGCAAUGCGAAGGAGCUCUAUACCAAGACUGAGUGGGAAGUUGACAUCUCCAGCGCAAUUGCAACUACAGAGACAGAAGAAGCGGACACGGCAUCUGACUUGGAGCUUGUCGAUCUCUGCGAGCGCCUCUCUUACUUCUACCUGAGAGAACUCAACAACGCCGUCAGCCGCGAUGAGGUUCCCAAGUUUGAUUGGCACUACCAGCGCAUCUUUGAGUGGAUUGAUCAUCUCUUCCCUUCUAUCCAAUCUGGCAACCAUCCCACUAUCAAGAAGGAAUGGUCGUCUGACUCUCGCGAUUGGCUUAUGCAACAAUCAUCCAAGUUCCCCGGUCGCAUCGAUCUCCAACUUAUCCAAGCUGUUGGAGAGAACCUUCCCGCAGUCGUCCGUAAGCAGACAACUAUGUUGGAACACAUGGUCAAGGACGAUAUGCUGAACCGUAUCUAUAAGUAUGGUCUGGGCUUUGAGAGGGCCAACGUCUACCUUGGUCGCAUCUCCAAGCAGCUUGCUCAUCGCUAUCCCCGAAUGAACAUUCUGGAGAUUGGCGCAGGUACGGGAGGCGCUACAAAAGGUAUUCUCGAAUCCCUGGGUACGACCUUUGACAGUUACACAUUCACCGAUAUCUCCACUGGCUUCUUCGAGGCAGCUGCCGAGACCUUUGACCAUUGGGCUGCCAAGAUGAUCUUCAAGCCCCUCAACAUUGAGAACGAGCCUACAGAGCAAGGCUUCCCUGAGGGACACUACGACUUCAUCAUCGCUUCCAACGUUCUUCAUGCUACGAAGUCGCUUGAAGUGACCAUGAAGAACACCCGAAAGCUUCUGAAGCCCGGUGGUCAGCUUCUUCUGUUGGAGGUUACAAGUGAUAUUGUGCGUGUCAAGCUCAUGAUGUCUGGCCUCUCAGGUUGGUGGCUUGGAGGUGACGAUGGACGUCGCUAUGGACCAACAAUCCCCGUUUCCCAAUGGGAUUCCUUGUUGAAGCAGACCGGUUUCUCGGGAGUUGAUAAGACUGUCAAUGACUUUGUGGACGACGAGAAGUACAUGACAUCUGUUAUGUUGUCACAGGCUGUCGAUGACAGAAUGCAGCUUUUGAGACAGCCUCUUGCUACCUCCGGAGACUGGCUCUCGUCGCACUCCAUCACCAUAGUUGGUGGCAAGCACAACAACAUGUCAACAGAGAUGGUGAAACUUCUCAACCAUAUCAGUGGGAUCCCCGAGAACCUGAUCAACUGCGUUGAGAGCUUUGAGCAGCUCACGUCAUCUGACAUCCAUCUUCGUUCAGCUUUGGUGCUGGAAGAUCUUGAUGAGCCCAUUCUCAAGAACCUGACUGAUGACAAGCUCCGUGGAGUUCAAAAGCUCAUGAAUGAGUGCCGUCAGGUACUCUGGGUCUCAAGGGGAUGCCAGAGACAAGAUCCGUUUGCCAACAUGUCUAUCGGAAUGUGUCGCAGCUUCGGUUCUGAGUACCCUCACAUCAACUUGCAGCACGUCGACGUGGAAGGUGAUGUCACAGAGCACACUUCAUCUUCUCUUGUGAAAGCCUUCCUUCAAUUGGUGUACCGAGGGUCUCUCAAGUCUGACGACAUUGUCUGGUCCAUCGAACCCGAGUUGAUCCUGCGAGAUGAUCAAUGGUUUAUCCCACGUGUCAAGUCUGAUCAGGCUCUCAAUGACCAGCUCAACGCCAGUAAGAUGACUCUUCAGACGAAGAAGUCUCCUGCUAGUGAUACGAUUGAGAUCCAGCAGCGACGCAACCAGUUCGUCCUUGUUGAGCCAGUGCCUUCUCUUUCUCUCUCCAGCUCUUCAUCGCCAGUCGAUAUCACUGUCACACACUCGCUUCUUUACCCUUUCAAGCUUGGUCAGAAGUCUUCAGGAUAUCUCUGCCAUGGAUACACUGUUAGCGAACCCAGGACACGAGUUCUAGCUGUAUCUGGAACCAACCGGUCCAGGAUCUCUGUCCCUCCGUUCUUUGUGUGGGAUUUAUCUGCCAAUGAUGGCGAGCCUGCCAGCCUUUUGCACAAGACUGCAUUCGCAAUUGCGGCUGAGAGGGUCCUGGGAGACGUUGUUAGUGGCUCGACUGUACUGAUCCAUGAGGCAGAUGACUUCAUCGGGGCUGCUCUUCGAUGGAGGGCCGCGGAUCUUGGCCUUGAGGUCGUUUUGACCACGUCCGACUUUAGCAAGGCCAAGUCGGGCGAUGUGACCUUUGUACACGCUCUGGCACCUGAGCGUGUGUUGAAGCAGGUCAUUCCCCAAGGCACCAAGAUGAUCGUAGAUCUUUCUGGUAGGGACUGCGAUACUAUCGAGUCUCCUUUCAGAAGGUUCAUCUCGCCCUAUGCUAGGGUAGUUCAGCUGCAAGACAUCAUCGAUAGCCAACCACAAGGGGUUGAAGACCCGAUCAUUCACGGAGUUCGCGACGCGAUUCGCUCGUCCCUCAACGUGAACGCAAUUGCACCGGUCACUGCGAUCGCUGAUUUGGCCAACAAGUCAGUGUCUCUCAAGGACUACGCCACUGUGGUUGACUUCUCUACCGACGCUGCCAUUUCCGCUGUGAUCCAGCCUCUUGACGGUACUCGCCUCUUCCGAUCAGACAAGACAUAUCUUCUCAUCGGCUUUACCGGAGGUCUUGGAAAGGCUCUCUGUCGAUGGAUGGUUUCAUGCGGCGUUCGUCAUAUUGCUUUGACUACUCGCAAUGUCGACGCUAUCGACAAGGUUUGGUUAGAGGAGCUGCAAUUGCAGGGAGCCCAAGUCAAUCUCUUCCAAGCUGAUGUUAGUGAGAGUGACGCAUUGACAAAGGUCUAUAAGCAGAUUGUUGAGCAGAUGCCUCCCAUUUGCGGUGCUGCCAAUGCUGCUUUGCUUCUGUCUGAUCGCACUUUCAGUGAGCUCAAGGUCCAGGACUUCCUCAAAGUCUUCGGACCAAAGGUCAAGGCUACCCAGAACCUUCAUGACCUACUCAAGGACCAGAAGCUUGACUUCUUUAUCAUGUUCUCGUCUUUGGCCAGCGUUGUCGGCAACCGUGGUCAGGUCAACUAUGCUGCUUCAAACCUGUUCAUGAGCGCCAUCGCCGAACAGCGCCGUGCUCAGGGUCUUGCUGCCUCUGUGAUGCAUAUUGGCAUGGUUCUUGGUGUUGGCUAUGUGUCUUCCACGGGCGCAUAUGAAGCUACUCUCCGCAGUUCCAACUACAUGGCUAUUUCGGAGACUGACCUGCGAAACAUGUUCUCCCAAGCCAUUCUAGUUGGUCAGCCAGACUCCGCCCGCGGCCCCGAGCUCAUCACCGGUCUCAAUCGAUAUAGCCUCGAGCCCGAUGCCCAGAAGUACUUCUGGCGGGACAACAUGCGCUUCUCCCACCACACACUCGAAGAGGAACGUCAAGAGCGUUCUUCUUCAACCAAGGUGUCCAUGUCUCAACGCCUUGAAGAAGCCAAGGAUGCUACCGAGAUCUUGUCAAUUGUUGAGGAGGAGUUCUGCACCAAACUCGAACGUAUGCUUCAGGCUGAGGCGGGGUCCAUCAAGACUUCUCAGUCUCUCCUGGGUCUGGGCGUUGAUUCUCUUAUUGCAGCUGAGAUCCGAUCAUGGUUCUUCAAGGAGCUCGACAUUGAUACUCCAGUCCUGGAGAUUCUCAACACUGCUUCCAUCUCCGAGCUUUGCUCCACAGCUGUGUCUAACCUGCCGUCCGUUUCUGGGCAGUCGAUUGAGUCCAAGAACGAAGUGACUAAAGAGGCCAUCAAGUCGCUCGACACCGUCCACGCUUCCACGACAGUCUCCUCAGCACUGCCCACCGAGCAUGAGCCUUUUACCCGACCCAAUUCCACUCAGGUCACCACGAGUGAGGUUGACUCUGAGGAAAAGGCUUUGUUCAAGCCUGCUGUUGUCCGUAGUGGUCCCUUGUCAUUUGCCCAGGAACGUCUCUGGUUCCUCCAGCAAUUUUUGCAGGAUACCACAACGUACAAUGUCACCAUGCACUACCGCAUCAGUGGCCCUCUACGCCUCAAGGACCUAGGUGAGGCUUUCCAACAGGUCAUCCAGCGCCACGAGACUCUUCGAACUGCAUUCUUCAUCGACACAGAGACCGACCUGCCCCGACAGGCUGUGCUCAAGCAAUCACCCUUCAGCUUAGAGGUCAAGCACAAUACCACCGCCAAGGUUGAGUAUGAGCGUAUGCAGAAGACGACUUAUGACCUUGAGAAGGGUGAUGUGGUUAGGGUCGUCAUUGUUCCAAACUCGGACGACGAGCACGAUCUCAUCUUUGGCUUCCACCACAUUGCCUUGGACGGUUUCAGUGCACAGAUCAUGGUGCGGGACUUGGCCAUGGCCUACUCAGGCCAAACUCUCAAACCCAAGGAGCUUGGCUAUCUCGACUUUGCUAUCGCUCAGAAGGCAGCCAAGCUUCCAACCGACAUCGUCGAUUACUGGAAGGCUGAGUUUGAGGAUCUACCACCUACCCUGCCCGUAUUCGACUUUGCAGAGACCAAGAUGCGCAUUCCUUUGACUGACUAUACCACACGAGCGUAUGAGAGGACUCUUCCUGCUGAGGCGGGCGCCAAGACGAAAGCCGCUGCCAGAGACCUCGGAGUGACUCCCUUCCACAUCCAUCUCGCAGCUCUUCAAGUUGUCCUUUCCGAUCUAGCUUCUACCAAUGAUGUCUGCAUUGGUAUCACUGAUGCCAACAAGAAUGACGCUGCUUUUAUGGAUGCAGUCGGCUUCUUUGUCAACCUGUUGCCCUUGCGUCUUCAGUCACGAGCAUCACAGACACUAGCUGGAUUGGCUUGUGAUGCUAAGACCAAGGCCAACCAUGCCCUUGCACGAUCUCAGAUCCCCUUUGAUGUCCUUCUUGACGAGCUCAAGCUUCCUCGAUCUACUAUGCACAGUCCUCUGUUCCAAGUUGUCCUCAACUUCAAGAUGGGUUCCACCCAAAAGGUACCCCUCGCAGACUGUCAGGCGCAGCUCGUUACCUUUAAGGAUGCGAACAAUCCGUACGAUCUGACUUUCGACAUCGAGACUUACAAUGAUGGAUCUACCUCUAUCAUCGUCAAGACACAAGAGUAUCUCUACACUCAAAGUGAACUUGGCUUCAUUCUCGAUCGGUAUACCGAUGUCCUGUCUCUCUUUGCCAAUGAGUCUUCUCAGACCCUGGGUCAGGCUUGCAAGCCUUCCACCGCCCAGAUACAAAAGGCUUUGAGCCUUGGAAAGGGCGAGAGGAUCCCAUCUCCUCGCUUUGAGACCUUGUCUCACUACUUUGAUGAUUGGGUUGAGAGGCAGCCUGACGCUACUGCACUCAAGACUGAUGGUGGGAAGGCCUUGACCUAUCGUCAAUUGAAGGGAUUAGUCAAUCACAUUGCGGCUACCUUGGUCGAGGGUGGUGUCACUCCGGGCUCCAAGGUUGGUGUUUACUGUGAACCAAGCUUGUACAUCUUCGCUCUACUUAUGGCCAUCUCUGAGAUCGGUGGUGUCUACGUGCCACUCGAUGCCCAGAACCCCAUCAAGCGUCUCCAGCUCAUCGUCAAUGACUGCCAACCUGACGUGGUUGUAAUUGACGACUCGACCAAGGACUCAGCGCUUGAACUGGAGACGACUGCAAAGUUUGUCAACAUUUAUGCCAUUGAACAGACAUCUUCGAACGCGCCCGAGGUUGAGAAUCGCGCUCAGGGCUCGGGUAUGGGCUACAUCUAUUACACCAGUGGAACAACCGGAGUUCCCAAGGGUGUUGCACUUACUCACACCAACUUGGUACAUCACAUCGAUGGUUUCAUCCACUACACCAGUUUGAGGAGAUGCACAAUGCUUCAGCAAGCUCCUCUUGGAUUCGACAUGUCGCUCACCCAGAUGUCGCUUGUUACUAUGCUUGGCGGAACUCUCAUUGUCGCUUCAAGUGAGACUCGCAAGGACCCCAUGCAGAUUGCCCAAUUGAUGCUCGCUGAGAAGGUCACGCACACUUUCAUGACACCUACGCUGGCUUUGGCUGUGAUUCAUCAUGGGUAUGAGUAUCUUAGCAAAUGCGUUGAUUGGGAAUUUGCUUUGCUCUCUGGUGAAGCAGUUCGCGCUCACGUCCCUCCCGAGUUCAAGCGUCUUGGUCUCAAGAAUCUCAGUCUUCACGAUGGAUACGGCCCUACGGAGAUCACCAUCAUCAGUAGUUGUGGUCUGAACGAGCUCAGCGAUAACACCCCUCACGACACACGCAACCCAAGCAUCGGCCUCGCUCUUCCCAACUAUUCUUGCUACAUCUUGGAUGAGAACAUGCAACCUGUCCGACCUGGGUUCGCCGGCGAGUUGGUCGUUGGUGGUUGCGGUAUCGCCAUUGGAUACCUGAACAGGGAGGAUCUCACCCAAGCCAGGUUCCUUCGUGACCCGUUUGCUUCGCCUGAGGAUAUCUCUCGUGGCUGGACUCGCAUGUAUCGCACUGGAGACAAGGCAAGGUUCCUUCCUGAUGGACGCAUCGCUUUCCUUGGUCGUAUCGCCGGUGAUUCUCAGAUCAAGCUUCGAGGGUUCCGUAUCGAGCUUGAAGAUGUCGCCAAUACCAUCGUCAAAGCCUCGAAGGGUGUCAUUCCCGAGGCAGCAGUAUCCUUGAGACAGGGUGAGAACGGUGAUGGAGACAGCGCUUUCUUAGUUGCUUUCGCAAUUAUCUCUGAGACCCACUGCCCUUCAGAUAUCAAGGCCUAUCUCAAGCAACUACUCAAGGAGUUAUCUCUUCCGCGAUACAUGAUCCCCGCUAGGAUUGUCCCCACCGACAAGCUGCCCAUGAACUCCUCUGGAAAGCUGGAUCAGUACGCGCUCGAUGCUCUUCCCGUCCCUCUUGAUGAAGAUGUCAUUGCGGAACCACUCUCUGAGACUCAAGAGAGACUCAAGCUGGGAUGGCUCAAGGCCUUGCCACCAGUAGCCGCUGACGCUACUAUUGGACCCGACACCGACUUUUUCACUGCUGGCGGUAACUCUCUUCGUAUUGUUACGCUGCGAGAGUACAUCUCUCGAGAGUUUGGUGUCACUGUUUCUGUGUUCGAUCUCUUCCAGGCGAGUACGCUGAGUGAGAUGGCUGCCAAGAUCGAUGGGUCAGCUGAGGUCAUCGACACAAAGACUAUUGACUGGGUUGAGGAAACUCGCAUUGACUCAAGUAUUUUGAACGUGGAUUCGCUAGUAUCUCAGAAGUCGGACGAAUUGCAGGUCGCUCUCACUGGAUCCACUGGCUUCUUGGGACUCUCUAUCCUCAAAUCACUUCUCGCCGACAAGCAUGUAACAAAGGUGCACUGCCUUGCUAUUCGAUCAUCGGCCAAACUAGACUCUAUCUUCUCUUCCCCACGAGUCGCUUGCUACCAGGGUGACUUGUCUCUCCCCAGUCUUGGAUUGUCUGAGGAACAAUUUGACACGCUCGCUCAAUCCGUCGAUCGCAUUAUACACAACGGCGCUGAUGUGUCAUUUCUCAAGACAUACCAGUCCCUCAAACGGCCCAACGUCGAGGCGACCCGAGAGCUAUCACGUAUGGCAUCCCAACGAGGCAUUCCGUUCCACUUCGUCUCUACUGGCGGCGUUGUGAACCUUACUGGGCAGGAAGGUCUUGCAGAGAUCUCAGUGUCGGACUACAAACCACCUGUUGAUGGGUCACACGGCUAUGUCGCUUCAAAGUGGGCUUCAGAACACAUUUUGGAGUCUUAUGCAAAGCAGGGUCUUCCAGUCUGGAUCCACCGUCCAGCCAACAUCACGGGUACAAACGCGCCAACCCAUGACUUGAUGCAGAACAUCUUCCGUUACUCGGCUGAGACAAGCUCUCUUCCAGAACUGUCGGGUUGGAAGGGCUACUUCGACCUUGUUCCUGUCGAGAACGUGGCUGAGGGUAUUGUCAACUCUGUCACUGAGAUUAGAGAGGAUAAGCUGGUUUACCGCCACCACUGCGGUACCAAGAAGAUUGCUGUGGAUGAUCUGAAGGAUUAUUUUGAGAAGGAGCAGGGUAAGAAGAUGGAUACAGUCAGCGUGGAGGAGUGGCUGGAUCGUGCUAAGAAUGCCGGUCUCGAUCCUUUGACUGGUACUUUGGUGCAGAACACGCUUAGCCAGGGUAGGGGUAUCGUCCCCUGGCUUCGAACAGGUAGUUCAUAA